GACGCGUCCGUUUUACGUGAUGACGUCGUAUUGUCGGCUCAACUAUGAUGGCAGCAGUGGGUUGACUUCGAUACAUUACUGAGUAUAAACUAUUUAAAAAGUUAGCAGAGCCCUCCCCCUCCCUACCUCUCCCCUUCUCCCUCCGAGACAAUAACGCAGAACAAAUUAACAGCUUCCAGAUACAGUGCACACCUAAUAAACACGCAUCCGCCCCGUCUGGGGACACGGUAAGUUCACGCGCUACAGGGAGCACCACUGUGUCAAAGUGGCUCUGAGUGGGUGGGGUGGUGUAUGUAUGUAUGUAAGUAAGUGUGUGUGUCUCUGUAUGUAUGUAUGUAUGUGUGUGUGGGGGUGAGUGAGUGAGUGAGUGAGUGAGAGAGAGGGGGGCAGUGUGUGCAUCGCUCUAGUUGCUCGUCUCUGUCAUGUUGAGCGCACCCUCGUAAGUCUGUGUUGAACCUGGGCACAGCGUCCCCGCCCGGGAGCCUCCACUGUCCCGCUCAUGUUAGCUUAGCCCGCUGCUACCUGCUACGAGCAGCCCAACGUUAGCUGGCGAGAAUCUGCCUGCGCCGAGCUAAUGUUAACCGCAUGCAGCCGAGCACACCACGCACGCGCUCACUCAGCUGCUAGCAUGUCUGUUUGUCAGUGUGUGGUAUCCCAGGUGAAGGGAAGCACCGACUAGCUUCCCUUAAGUCGAGAUAUCUGAUCCCCAUAGCAGGUUGUGUCUUCUCAUGUUAUUAAUAGUGUGUGUGGAUCAUGUGCUGUAUGCCCCCGCUCAUCAUUUGGUAUGUCCCUGGUCAGCAGGUUGGGGUUGGUCUUUUUCUUCCUCCUUGCAUAUAUCUCUGUACAUGAAGUGGCACUAUGCCCGCUGCUACUGUGAAUCACAACCAAAAGAUAUGUGAGGUUUGGGCCAAUAACCUGGAGGAGGAGCUGAAGAGGAUCCGACAGGUCAUCCGAAAAUACAACUACAUUGCAAUGGACACAGAGUUUCCAGGCGUGGUGGCCCGACCUAUUGGAGAGUUCAGGAGCAACGCCGACUAUCAGUACCAGCUGCUGCGCUGCAAUGUGGAUCUGCUCAAGAUAAUCCAGCUUGGCCUCACCUUUAUGAACGAACAGGGCGAAUACCCUCCGGGAACAUCAACAUGGCAGUUCAAUUUUAAGUUUAACAUCACAGAAGACAUGUAUGCGCAGGACUCCAUUGAGCUCCUGACCACUUCAGGGAUUCAGUUCGAGAAGCACGAGGACGAAGGCAUCGAGACGCUGUACUUUGCAGAGCUGCUGAUGACAUCGGGGGUGGUGCUCUGCGACGGGGUCAGGUGGCUGUCUUUUCACAGUGGCUAUGACUUUGGAUACCUGAUCAAGAUUCUCUCCAACGCUAACCUGCCUGAGGAGGAGGUGGACUUCUUUGAGAUUCUUCGCUUGUACUUUCCCGUCAUUUAUGAUGUCAAGUAUCUCAUGAAGAGUUGUAAAAACCUGAAGGGCGGCCUGCAGGAAGUAGCUGAGCAGCUGGAGCUGGAGAGGAUCGGGCCGCAGCAUCAGGCCGGCUCUGACUCCCUACUCACAGGCAUGGCCUUCUUCAAGAUGAGAGAGAUCUACAGCGUUACAGAGGUCUCACUGAUGCGCCUCCACAGACGGGGAGCUUCAGGCCGGCAGUGUGUCGGGUGCCGUAGGUUACCAGACAGCGGGUUGGAUAUUUGGCAGCAACCAGCUUUCAGGUGUUUCACUCAUGCAAUGUCAGAAGAGCCCUUAUUCAAAUGGAUUUUACUAAUCACUACACUUUUUUUUUCUUUCUUUAUCCAAGCAAAGGUGGGAACAUCAGGUGAUACAGUUCACUACAACAAGGGGCGUUUUAGUCAGGGGAACCUCUCUGGAGAAGGGUGCGCCACGGAAAGCAACAGAUAUUGAUGAUCUCACAACCACGUCACGUUCAAACGAGGAGGAGGAGGCGGCAUUGACCUGCAGGAUGAAGCACAUGGGAGCAGAUGUUGACUCCCAAUCUUAAUGUUUUAUUUCUGUAUGUGAAUGACACGAUUCAAGGAUGGACCCAAGUCUGGGAAAACAGGCUAAAUGGAACAUUUCAGAGGGUGAAUACAGGAGGGGGUGCUGGUGAGCAGCCGACUCUGAGACUCCGUCAGUGGCUUCGACUGGCGGCCGUCUGCCGCACUGGAAACACACAGGGUUGGAGCCAGUGGAGGAUGAUGAAGGCUGCUCCGGGUCCAGAUUCACCAGACAGGUUGGGAACGAGCACCCGUCCCCUAAACUGGAGGAGAAGAAAACACAGUUUUAAGAACCGCCUAAGUUUUAAUAAACCGCUUCAUUUUAUGUUUGUGGAUAUUAUGUUAAAGUGAGUCUAGCAGGGGUUAGUAUGGAAUAAUGGUAACGGCUAAAAUAGUCUGAAAGAGCCAUAUGCGCCACCAUAAGCUACUGGUACCAAAGUCUUUGAAGUGUGUUCAAUCUUUUUCAUUUACAUAUAGGAUUGUUUUAAAAAAGUUACAGUCUCACUUUGAUGACACUAUUUCCACAGAACAAGAGUAUUAGAUUAACAGAAAUAAUAGGUAAAUUAUUUAAUUGUAAUCAGAAACAGAAACAGAUUGGGAAAACAGAAAUGGGUUCUUCAUGUCAACAGUGGUUUGUUUCUAAAUUAAAACAUGUGGGAUUAUGUUUUAAUAAUUGGAAAACUGUAUAUUCAUGAUAUUAUUCAUUCUGUCAGCAUGAAUUAAUAAUCUGCUUCUGCCUGAAUUCA